AAAAGGUGACGUCAGAACCCCCUGAGCCAAUGAGGAGCCGAGGAGCGCAGGGACCCGGAUGCUUGGCUCCCUCUUCCUCCUGUGUUGGCGCCUCUCGCUUCGGUAGCCAUGGGGAGCUUGCUGCAGUUUCUGAGGCUGGUGGGGCAGCUGAAGCGAGUACCUCGAACAGGCUGGGUCUACAGAAACGUACCGAAUCCAGAAAGUGUUUCUGAUCAUAUGUAUAGGAUGGCAAUCAUGGCUAUGGUCACUGAAGAUAAAACACUGAACAAAGACAGAUGCAUACGGUUAGCUCUAGUUCAUGAUAUGGCUGAAUGCAUAGUUGGGGACAUUGCACCAGCUGACAAUAUUUCCAAAGAGGAGAAGCACAGACGAGAAGAGGAAGCUAUGAAACAUUUGACCCAGUUGCUUUCAGAACAGCAGAGAAAAGAAAUCUUUGAAUUGUGGGAAGAAUAUGAACACCAGCGUAGCGCAGAAGCAAGGUUUGUAAAACAGCUGGAUCAGUGUGAGAUGAUACUUCAAGCCUUAGAAUAUGAAGACUUAGAGCAAAGGCCUGGGACCCUUCAAGAUUUUUAUGACUCUACUGCAGUGGCUUCAAUGGAAGAUCCCCACUUUGUGAUCUGAAAUCAUACUGGUAAAAUCAACAUCGGUGACCAUGUCUUCAUCUGCUUCAUGUAAUACUUGUCUUUGCAACAGACCUUUGGAAUUAAAAGACAAUGAAAGUUGGGAUAAAUCAAUGUGCAGAAAAAAAGAAUGCAAAGAUUUCCAAUACACUUUCCACUUUUAAUAAAGCAACUAAGCUGGUUUGGAA